AUGCCCAACGACGCCGAUGCUGGCUUCACCAACGGCCACUCCAACGAGCGGACUGGCCUGCUCAACGGAGACAGCGGCCGUCAUGGCGGCGGCAGCCAGCGCUGGUCUCGCCGCGACGACCGGUUCUGGGUCUGGAUCCCCUGCGAGGCCGGCCACUUGACCUAUGCCACUCUCGCCAGCAACUAUAUCAACAUCCUGCUCGUCUUCGUGCCCCUCGGCCUGCUCUCAGGCUUCCUGAAAUGGUCUGCCACGGCCACCUUCGUGCUCAAUUUCAUUGCGAUCAUGCCCCUGGCCUCUCUCCUCAGCUUUGCGACAGAGGAGCUGGCUUCCACCCUGGGAGAGACGCUCGGCGGGCUGCUCAAUGCCACCUUUGGAAAUGCCGUCGAGCUCAUC